AAAUAUUAGCAUAUACCUAUACGCUGCACGCGAUACACGUUUUUUAUUGUGGUAAUUUAUAUAUUAGGAAGCUCCUCCCACGAGGGCUAGAGUGGCAAUGGUGUGUGUAUUGCAGUAGACAUGUUGAUUGUCCCAGGGAUGGAGGUGUGAACCGCAGUCCCCUCGCUAAUACACAGUCACAAUGUCUUUGUGGAACCGAGCACAGCAGUUGCCUCCAGAUGCACUUCGCCAAGUCCAAAAUGUUUAUGGUGAACAAUUCCCAAUUGAGGUUCGACAUUACCUGGCUGGAUGGAUUGAAGAUAAGAUGCAGCAAUGGAAUGAAAUUGAUCCUGACAACGCAGGCCACAGCCAGUUUGCACAUUCAUUAGUAUCGCAGCUAGUCCAGGAAAUGGAAACCAAAGCUCUCAGUUAUAGCAGCAAUGAGGACCUUUUCCUCGUUCGUAUACGCCUGGAUGAAGCUGCAAAUUUAUUUAAGACACGGUACCUGAAUAGUAAUCCACUUGCUUUAGUGUCCAUUAUACGUGAGUGCCUCAAAACAGAACUUCACUUGGUUCAGCAACACGAAAACAUGUUGGGAGGUGUUGCCCAUGUAGCCAACAUGGUUGUUGAACCAUGUGCAGAAAUAGUUAGUGAACUCGAAAUAUUACUUCGGCGAACUCGUGAAACGGCAGAUGAAUUGAGACAUCUGGAACAGGAACAGGAAUCAUUUGCCCUACAGUAUCACGAUUGUGCAAAAAUUAAUGCUCAUCUAUCUCACAUUCAAGGUCAAGAAAGAACGGCGCAGAAUCGAGAAGUGGAACAGAACUUGAGGAGGCGAAAAGAAAUUGGUGAACAACAGUUGGCUCAGAAGGUGUCGGGAUUGCUGCAGCGACGCAUGGACCUGGCAGAGAAGCACAAGGGAACCAUCGAUCGCCUAAACAGUCUUCAGCAGCGGAUUCUUGAUGAAGAACUCAUUAACUGGAAACGGGAACAACAAAUGGCAGGGAACGGAAAACCAUUUAACCAAAAUAAACUUGAUCAGAUACAAGAAUGGUGUGAGGCAUUGGCAGAAAUAAUAUGGUUGAAUCGGCAUCAGAUUAAGGAAUGUGAACGUCAUCAAACAAAAAUACCUAUAACACCGCCCGGAGGCGUUGAUAUGCUACCUACUCUCAACUCUCAUAUUACACGUCUUUUGUCUUCUCUUGUCACAAGCACAUUCAUCAUUGAGAAACAACCACCACAAGUGAUGAAAACAAACACGCGGUUUACAGCUACAGUGCGGUUGCUGGUGGGUGGCAAACUUAAUGUCAACAUGACGCCACCUCAGGUUCGAGUAUCUAUCAUCAGUGAAGCACAAGCCAAUGCACUAUUAAAGAAUGAUCAGAUGAACAAAGGUGAACAGUCAGGAGAAAUUCUAAAUAACACAGGCACCAUGGAAUACCAUCAGGGCACAAGACAACUAUCUGUUAGUUUCCGCAACAUGCAGCUGCGCAAAAUUAAACGAGCUGAAAAGAAGGGCACAGAGUCUGUUAUGGAUGAGAAGUUCUCCUUACUCUUCCAAUCACAGUUCAGCGUUGGUGGUGGUGAACUUGUUUUCCAAGUGUGGACAUUGUCGUUACCAGUUGUGGUGAUUGUCCACGGCAACCAAGAGCCUCAUGCGUGGGCAACAGUUUCAUGGGACAAUGCUUUUGCGGAACAAGGGCGCAUACCCUUCACAGUCCCGGAGAAGGUACCAUGGCCCCAGAUUGCAGAUAUGUUGGAUUCCAAAUUUAAGUCUGCCACUGGUCGAGGACUGACUGAUGAUAACCUUAAGUUCUUAGCAGGCAAGGCUUUCAGGAGUCCCCAAGUGCAAGACUUCAAUAAUAUGUACUUGUCAUGGUCGCAGUUUUGCAAGGAGCCACUGUCAGAGCGUAACUUUACCUUCUGGGAAUGGUUCUUUGCUGUUAUGAAGGUUACAAGAGAACAUCUGCGCCAGCCUUGGAAUGACGGUUCAAUAAUGGGAUUUGUUGGGCGUCGUCAAGCAGAGGACAUGUUAAAAAAUUCCAUAUCUGGCACUUUCCUUCUGCGUUUUUCUGAUUCAGAGCUAGGGGGUGUCACAAUUGCCUGGAUGUAUGAAGAUACCACGAAGGCUGGUGAUCAGCGCGAUGUGUUCAUGCUUCAACCAUUCACAAGUAAAGCCUUUGCUAUCCGUCCUCUUGCUGAUGUGAUUGCUGAUCUAAAGUAUCUGCUCUUCUUGUACCCUAACAUACCUAAGGAGCAAGCAUUUGGGAAGUACUACACACCUAUGGCAGAACAGCAACCAUCAGUUAACGGCUAUGUUAAACCUCAUCUGAUCACUCACGUCCCAGGAUGGUCAGGUGCAGGGUCAAUGGAUUCUUAUCCCAACACUCCACAGCCAAUGUGCCAAAUGCAUGAUGGUGGCAUGGGUGACCCUCCGUCCGUCAGUUCAAACCCCUCCGAUUGUGUGUCCACAAUGCCCUACAACGACACUGAUUAUCCCGACAUCCUCGAUAACCUGCCAGAACCAGACUUCACUGAUAUCAACCUCGACUUCCUCCCACCCAACUUUAUGAAGCUUCAGUGAAGUUGUUAAAUGUAGCAUCUGUUCUUUUUUUCCAAUAUUAUCUUGGAAAUGAAGUGAUUGAAGGGGCAGGAGCCAUCAGUAUCAUUGGAGAACCAGGAAAUAGUCAAAACUGAAUUUAUAUUUUUCAUUAAAAUUUGAUUAAAUUCAUACUUUAUUUUUAUUGAAAUGCUAUGUGAUGCAAUUGUCAAUUUGAUUUGUCUUUAAUACCAGAAAGCAACAGCAUGUUGAAAAUAAUUUAAAGGAUGAACUUUUACUGUUAUACACAGUAAGUAUGUUAGAUUUAUGUUGUUGCCCCAAGUUUGUGAACUCUUUAUACAAAGAUUAUAUGAUAUAAAAUUACAACAUUUCCACAGUACUAAGGUAUCCAUGUGAAAAGCAAGCCAAGAAACACGUCAUUGUAGUUGUGGAUCAAAUAAAAUGUGAUUAGGGUUUUGCAAAUAUUUUAUGUAAUACAUAUAAAUUUCUUAUUCAAUAUUCACUGGAUAUUUUGGUUACUUUUUCCUUUUAUUUGGAUGGAUUGCUUGGUGCUUGCACUGUUUUGAGAUGUAUUUUGCACUUGCAUAGCAAAGGGAGAGAUGGAUUUUGGAAUCAAUCAUGGUCAAAGUGUAAUUUACCUCAUUUGGAUUUUUAUUAAACAAAUUUGUCAAUGAGGAAUACAAGGAAAUAAUUGUUAUUCAUAAUGUUUUUGUUAUUUUUGUUAGAUUGAAAGUGUAAGUAUGGUUAGCUUAUGUUUUCACUUUUAUGAUUAUUGUUUUGUAAAUGAAAUGCUGUUAACUCCUAUAUAAACAAAAUACAAUUGGUUGUUCAGACUUCAUUAGUAGGUACCCGGGGGUGUUUGCUCACACCAACAUAAAAAUAAAUGACAAAGAAUUACUUUAUAGUUUUAAGUAAUUUAACAUAAAUUUGUCGAUCUUUUGUAUUGUGCAUGACAUGUUGGUACAUGAUAUGUCUUUGAGUUUAACUUAAGCAUUUGUGCAGUGUUUUCUGUGGUUUCCUGUACUCUCCAAGAGGAAGAAAAUGAUUCUUCCUCUAACUCGAGCAGGAUUGCUGGAACUUUGGGUCUCGCUCAGUGAUUCAGUAAGGUACUAGAGAGAUUUGAAAUAUUAUUGUUGCCAACUGUGAAAUGUGAGGAUUAAUGCUUGGAGGGAAGUUGAAACACUCCAGGGUACUAAUGUAGGGUUAAAGUAUCUUAAGAAAUAUUUCUAUCAUGUAUGAUGCUUUGUAUAUUAAGAGAAGACUGGUUCUUGUAGAAUCUUUGUCUGAUGUUAUGUUUUUCUGUAAAAAAAAAUUUAUGUACAGUAAAGGAUGGAUGUACAGUAUUAAUAAAUUUUAUAUUACAGUACUAGGGUAGAAAGUGCCUGAACAACAUGUUUGAAGAGCUUUUAGAAUCUUGAAAUUUUUAAUUAUGGUUAUAAAGGAGUUGUGGAGGUACUUUUGAGGGAGUUAUUAACAGGAACUGCCUCCUGUUAACCGAGGUUAACAGGAACUGCCUCCUGUUAACCGAGGUUAACAGGAGGGAGGUAUAUUCUACGUAAAUUGUUGCUGAUUUUACAGUAGAAGGAAAGGUUGUCUUGACUAGAUGAUAUGGCUUGAAACUAAAGAGAGACAAAAUGUUAUUGUCAGUACUCAAGUGUAUCUGCACAUGACUAAUAUGCUUUGUUAAAGCAGUUUGGGAAAGUUGCUAGCAAUUAAUCCUUUUGUCUUUAAACCAAGAUGGUAUUAUCUGAGGUAAUGUACAUUAUUAUGUGAAGAAGAUUGUUAAGGUGUGUAUGAGCUUGGAAAAAGCAGAAGAGGAAGUUAACAAGGAAGGAUGUGGGAGAGUGAUGACCAUGAGAUGAGUUACCCAAGUUCUGUUAAAUGCUGAGAAAUGAUUCUAUGUAGGAAGUAGUGCAGGUGCAAGAGUUUUGUAAUAAGUGACUGGCUGGAUGUUAAUGUAGGUGUAUGCUAGGGUUGUGUGAUGUCACUUUGGUUUUUCUAUACUGAAUACUAAGAAUAUUAGAGAAAGGUAUUGACCUAGUAUACAUGUGCUGUAACUGGAGUAUGCCAGAUUGAUUGUAUGUAUAUGAUACAGUUCUUUUAGUAUAAUGAGAAAUGUUGACUAGUUAAACAUAAGAGAGAAAUGUUGAAAGUAACUGUGAAAAGAAAGUGAAGUUAUGGUAGUGAAGAGAGGUUGAGAGUAAGGGAAGCCAAGGAAGGAAGGUGUCUGGUGCAAUCAAGUCCCCGGUGAGAAACAACAAGAUACAACCAGAGGGCUUGAUCUGUGGACAGAUGGGAAACAAUGGUAUGUGAUAUGAAAAUAAUUAAGAUUUAGAGCAGUAGAAAUGGAAAAAUCUGAGAAGUAUGUAUGGUAUUAGAAUAGAUAUAGUAAAGAUGAUCUGGAGGAAUUAGCAGUACAAAUGUUGAUAAAUGGCAAGAUACAGGAGAACAUACCAAAAUGGUUUGGACAUGCCAACUGAAUGGAUUAUGGUGGACUGGUGAAUUAUGUGUAUUAAAGUGAAUUUCAGAGUAUGGUGAACGAAAAGACUAUGAUGGACAUGAUGAUCGAGUGUGAGAGAGGAAGUGGGGAUUGAGAGUGAGCGAUGCAUGGAAUAUGGUGAGAGGUAAGACGGUGUGAGAGAGGUUUUGUAAGGUGGGAGUGAAUGUACUUGUUUAUUUGUGUAUAUGCCAGUUGACAAGGAGCAUUGUACCCUGGUGCUGCUGUAGGUGACUGCUGUUAUGGCAGUGUGUGUGUGUGUGUUUAUCCGUGAUUUUCUGUAGUGUGCAUGACAGUGAAUGGAGAAGUGCAUGAUUGUUGUUUUAUGAAUAUACUGUAUGUAACUUUCUUUCAUUAUAUUCCCCAUUUUCUUAAGGUUGAUGUCUUCCCACCCCAUGUAAAUGGAAAAUGAAGUAAUGAUGAUAAUUAAUGUAUGAGAAAAUUAAAGGGGUAUGUAGCUUAUUUAAAAUGUACAGUUAAUCUUAUGUAGGUGAGGAUGGUGGAAUAUAGGCAUUUUUUUUCUUUUUUUUUCUUUUUUUCUUUUUUUUUUUAAGGAAUACACAUGUGAUUCCUUAAUCACACUACAUCUAAGAUUUAAUUUGACAAAGUCAUAUGUUUGGAAGCGAUAUUUUAUUUUUCCUCUUCUCUCAUAUUUUCAAGCAGAUGUAUAAUACUUUAUCUGUAGAAUAUUAACCACUGAAUAUUGGAUUGUUUGAACUGGGGCUGCAUCAGUGUUUGACGAUGUUGAGGCUCAACAUAUGAGUACCUAGUACCGUAUGUUAGUUUAGGAACAGUGCACAAGUGCCACUUGAAUGGCCUGACACAAUUUUUCCAGUCAACUAUACAUUUAGGUUAAUGUGUCAAUGAGUAUCGCAUGUACAUACUUAAUUGUUGGCCCAAUUUAUAACAAAAAUCUCUCGCCACUUUGUAAUAGGAAGAUGGAAAUGUCAUUGGCUUAGUUACAUGUCGGUCACACAGGACUAACUCUUGUAAUGGAACACCGUCCAGAUUGCAUUGUUAUGCUCAUAGUCAUCCAUCUUUCGGUUGAAUGUCCUGACUUUUGGGGGUGACUGUUUUGUUUUGUCGUUGUUCCUAUAUGCCAGCCUACAGAAAGUGUGUAUGCAAGAAUAGUAGUGACAUGAGAACAUUGAUGGGAAGAAAAGGUAGGAGCAGUGCUAGAGCAGACAAAGUGUUGGAAGAAAGACAGAAAAUGUCAGGGAAAAGCUUGCUUAAAAGUAAUGUACUGUAUUGCAUAGAUAUGAUGUACAUGUAAUUAUUUAAGGUGAGGGAAGAAGACUGCUUGGAUUACAUUCAUGGAUAGUAGUAAAUAUCACUAUAGAUGUACUGUACUGUCAGUAGAUGGUUAAACAAUAUAUUUUUAACUAAAAAAUAUGCACGGUUGUUUUAAGAUAAAAUUAAUUUAAUUCCCAGCAUAAGCAUAUACAGUAUAUAUAUCUUAAGCCUAACCAUAAACAGCACAGAGGUGUGUGUGUGCACUAUAUCUCUCAAUUGGAGUAGUGUAUUUUUAUUAAAGUUCAUAUUUUCUGGGAGGUGCAGUAUUUGAAAUCUCCAAAGUGGGCUGACAAAUAAAAGUGAGUUUCAUCUUUGAGGAAGAAGUGCACAAGUAACAAGUAUUUUAUGAAUGGAACACAUGCAAUGUUCUGUAAAAUAAACAAAAAGCACCACGAAGUUCUAAAUAUUAAGGGUUCAGAGCAGCAAAUGUUAAGGUAGCUUAAUGAGUUUCCAGUACUGAAUGGUAUUGCAAAUUUUGAAUAACAAUUCAAAUGAAAAGACAAGCAGAAGUAAAUGAUUAAUAUGAAAAUUGGCCUUGCUGUACUAAAGAUAUUAGGUUAUGUGAAGGAAAGAUUGAUGCUUGUUGUGCAGUCUGGCUAUGGUAACAGGCUUGGAAUAGCUGACCAGUUAGUUGCUUGUGAGAACAGGCCUCAAAUACUUUGAGAGCUUUAUUAUGUAUUUGAAUUGAAGUACUGUAUCAAGAUGGUACAGUACUUAAUAAUACAAAAUAAAUUGUCCAUUUGUUAGUCCUAUACAACAUACUGAAUUAAAAUAAAUUGUAUUUGAAGUUUG